UAGUAAUUUCUUUCUCAAAAAAAAAAAAAAGCUUAUUAUUUAUUUAUGAAUCAUGAUAGUAUUUUGUUCUAUUUAUUAUUGUUUACUGGAUUUCUCUUUCCUACAAAAUAUUCUCUUGUAGAAGCAUUAGAUUUAGUUUCUUCUCUAUUUUGCUAUUAUUUUUAUUUAUUUCCCUUCUAUUUCAUAUUACAAAAAAAGAAAUAUAUUUAAAACUUAUUUGAUUCUUUCUACAUGCAUAUAUGAUAUGUAUAUUAAAUUUACAAAUAAAGAGUUUUUAAAAGGACAAUUCAUUGCAAAAAAAAAAAAAAAAAAAAAAAAAAAGAAAA